UUAAAGCUGUCAAGCAGUUUGUUUUUUAUACUUCUAGCUGUGCAUUAAAUUUGGGAUCAACAGACAUAGUGCUCGUCUUAGUUAAAGUGGUUACACAUGCAUCCCUUUACGUUUUUGUCUUCAUAUACUGUGUAAAUAUAAUGUAUGCAUUCAAGUGUUUCUUGUGGGGUGGUCUGGUAGCUCAAAGCUACAAAAUUGUUAGACAUUUAACCUCAUCAUGUGACAUUUCGGGGGAGGCCAAGCCCUUCUCAAGUCAGCUAUUGAUUCACUUAACAUUUGAGUUAACCUUUAAGGUCCGUAUAGAGGCCCGUCACCCUAGCAAAUGGGAUCACACCCACCCACCACAUGACUGGAUGUCUUAAGUUAGGCCAGCUCUCUCCCUGAGGCAUCCACACAUGUAAUUCAAUCUCAGGGUGUGAGCAGCGUUGCCUUAACCACAUCAACAUAUGGAAAGUAGGUCUUUACUUAAAGUAAUCAUGAGGCGUCUGUGCAUCCUUCUCACACGGCCGCCGUUUUCAUUACGCCCCAAUGGCCGUCACUUUUUAGACUUGUCGUGACCUGUGACCUUUGCAGAAUGGAUGGGCCUAAAAACCAAAACAGAAGCCUUUUGUGCAGGUCAAAGGGAAAACAUCUGCUGAGCCCAGGACACAGACAGAAGAGGGGGAUUAACUGUUAGGCUUUCAAAAAUGUGUCUUUUAAGCCAACUCUGAGAAGAGUUUCAUCACACCAUUGGCACACAUCUUUUUUUUCACCUAUUGUUAAUUCACAGCACUGCCUCUUGGUAUUACAUAAAAACGUAUUAAAAAACAAUUAAAUACAAAUGCGGGAGAAUUUCUUUGAAAUAUGACUGUUGCUACUGAUGCAGUGGUACUAGACUGAACUGGACAAUCGCGAACAAUUUCCGUAAUGUCGUGUAUAAUGUGCACCCAUGUAUAAUACGCACCACCAAAGCUGACCUCAAAAUUCUGGAAAACCCUUCUACCUAUGUAUAAUGUAUUUUUACAAUGCGUGAGUUUGCUUCUACCCAUAUGAUCAAAACAUGAAGUAUCUGUAUUUUGUUAGUUUUUUUUUUAAAUAAUUAUUUUUUAACACUUUAUUUGCGCACGUAUCCUUUUUUUUAAUUUACUUGAUCUUAUUUUGAAAUUCACAGCCCUACUUUUAUUUUGUAAAUUAGAAAACACACAGCUGUGCUCAUAUGUUUGAUUACCCAGGUAGAAUUUGUAAGAUGGCCACAAUUCCUUAAAGAAAAAAUGAAGGACCAGGGGAAACACACUUAAUUUUAUUUUAAUGGGUUUCAAAUUAAAUGGUCAAGCAUUUCAGAAAAGCAUUAUCAUUAAAUAAAAUGUAACCAUAAAGAAAUGAAUGAUGGUUGUUGUUCAGUGAGUGAUAUUUAAAAAAAACAAUAUUCCACAAAUUCUGCCAGGGUAUGUAAACUUAUGAGCACAACUGUACAUAUAUGCAGUCAUUCGUACCCCUGUCAUAUUGGAAUGAAAGUACACUUUUUUUUUAAUAACCACAAGGCGGCGGUGGCAUUUUGGAAUGAAAGUGUACAGAUUUUUCAUAACCAAUAGAUGGCGGCAUACUUUUAUAAAAUGUAAAAGUUUUUUCCAUUUGCCCCUAUACCCAUGUAUAAUGCGCACUAUUGACUUUUGACAAUUUUGGGGGGGAUAAAAUGCGCAUUAUACACGAGAAAUUACAGUACGUUAGUGACUGACCAUUGCACAACUACCGACAAUCAGGAACUUAUUGCAACAAACAAAUUUGAACCCUCCCAUUAUUGAAAAACAGCAUUUUGAAGCCCACCUUUUAUUUUUUUUACUGAACCACAAACAACACGGCGCCGAAGAAAGGAGAGACUGUGGAUAGAGCACCAUAUCACAUAUAGUAUGAUGAUUAAGUGGCCAUUUUGAGUCUUGUCUUGUCAAGAUGGUGAUCACACAUCCUUUGCAAAUUUCUCCAGGAUGCACCUGAAACAUUUGAGAGGCUGCCGAGGAAAAAAGAACAAAUUUCCUCUGAAAAAUAUUGAAAAUUGUUUCAUCCAUUCCAAGGUAAGAGUGUCAGCAUCCUAAAACCUUUUAGCGAGGCACACACAGAUUUGAGCAUUUUCCCAACCCAUAGAUCAAAGUCAGGAAAGGCCCAACUGUUGGAUGUCUGUAGAUUAAGGGUAUUCAACUCAAAUUUAAAAAGGUCCAAAUCAAGAAAAAGAUCUCGAAGCAAAGGUCCAGAAGAUCACCAUGUCUAUUUAUGAUCUAUUUAAUUAGCCUCGUUGUUGUAUCUACAGCUGCUUGUACUAAAUACAGCAGUCAAAUCCAAAAAGCUUUUGGCAUUUAUUGUCAAGUAACACAAAACUAAACAAAUAUGUAUAACUGCUUAUAUGUACAGUUGUGCUCACAGGUUUACAUAGACUGGGAGAAUUUGAGAAAUAGUUACACAGUAUAUUCUUUUAAAUAUGACUGAUGACCGAGCAAGGACCAUUUCAUUUUCUUUAUGGUUACGUUUUGUUUAAUGAUUGUGCUUUUCUGAAAUGCCCUAGAAAAAAUACAAAUUUAAAAUUCAAUUAAAUGUUUCACCUGAUCCUUCAUAUUUUAUCUAAAGUGGUGCAAUAAAGACGUCAAUAAAUACAUACAAUUAAACGUCUUUCACCUUCGUUUUCUUUAAAGAAUGGUACACAUAUUACAAAUUCUGCCCGGAUAAUCAAACGUAUGAGCACAACUGUGCCAGUUAAUGACCUCUGCUCAAAAUGAUUCUCCUGAGCGAUUAUCCUUUGGUGUCCGGUGUGUUAGAAGUAAUUUUGUUUCUCUCACAGAUCUGUUUCGGCGGGCAAUCUUAAAUGUUAAACAUGUUCAAUAUUUUUUCCAUCCAUCCAUUUUCUUCCGCUUAUCCGGUGUUGGGUGUUGGGGACAACUGCUUAAGCAUGGAAGCCCAGACUUCCCUCUCCCCAGCCGGUCGGAUCCUGAGGCAUUCCAAGGCCAGCCGGGAGGCAUACAGUAGUCUCUCCAGCUUGUCCUGGGUCGUCCCUGGGGCCUCCUCCCGGUGGGACUUUCCCGGAACACCUCACCAGGGAGGGGACAUCCUCACCAGAUGUCCGAGCCAACUCAUCUGGCUGGUCUUGGUGGAGAGUAGCAGUCGCUCUACUCUGUUUUCAAAUGCUAUCGUUUGUUGAGUUUUUAGUACACACUACUUAUUUUGACCUUUUUUAAUCUCGUACUUGAUAAAUACAAAUAAAACAAACAUAAAUCACACAAACAAAAACUAAAACUAAGCCUUUAAAAAAAUGAAAACUAACAAACUUAACCCGCUCUUAUUGAAACGAACUAUAUAUACAAAACAAUAGUCAAAAUGAAAUAAAAACUAAACUACUGGAUAAGGAAAAAUGGAAAACUAUUGAGAACCCUGCUUCAGGCGCUGCACCAGUCUGCCUGUAGUUAUUAGGCUCCAUUCUUCCUGUGAACUAAACCCCAAAAUAGUAGAACCCCUCCGCUUUGGGUAGGAUCUCAUCCCCAACCCGGAGAAGGAACUCCACCCUUUUCCGACGAGAACCAUGGCGUCAGAUUUGGAGGUACUGAUUUUCAUCCCAACCACUUCACACUCGGCUGUGAAUGCUCCAGCGAGAGCCAAUAGACCCGCAUCAUCUGCAAAAAGCAAAGAUGCAGGCCUAAGAAUAAAGCCACCAAACUGGACCCCUUGGCUGCGCCUAGAAAUUCUGUCCAUAAAGGUUAUGAACAUCAUUGGUGACAAAGGGUAGCCUUGGUGGAGUCCAACCUUCACUGGAAACAAACUGAUUGUAUGCUCAAUAUCUACAAUCGCAAAUCCUUACAUGCGUGGUCAAGACAGAGUUUGGCCGAGCCACGUACUUCGUGAUUCUGAUAUGAAACAGAACAACAGUCAAUUUGGAAGCGACCUGAAGCUUCUGCUGUUGCCUGUCGCAUAUAGAGGAGCAACUCGUUGGAUUAAGUGGUUGUACCACAAUAAAAUGACAAGGACAACCACAAUGUACCAGAUAAGAUAAAAGCUAGCCGAGCUGCUUCGAUUUCUUUUACCGCUGUUUUUAGAAUUUUUCAGGAGUUUGGAUGCCAUGUGGCACCAUGCUGCCUUUCACAGGUCAACCGAUUUAUGGUUUGGGGGAAGAGACUUGCGAUUGUCAGUGGAGAUAUUAUGUGUAGGGUGUGCUGUCCUGUGUUUGUCACCUCGAGUGCACCACACACUAUAAAAACAAUAAGCACAAACUUACCGAUUUUCUCUCAUUUGAAAAAUCUUAAAUGUUAACAAUUCGUAUGUGUGUACCCUGCUUUAGGCAAUGUUGUCAGUAACACUUUGCACGAUAUGCUGACAUCACAGAAUCAAGAUGGUUCGACUUCGCAAGAUUUAGUUUCUAAAAAUGUCGGUCACGUUGUCUUAUUUUAAAUGAAUGAUUUAUGAAUCUAUUUUGAAGCAGCUUCGUGUUAAUGAGCCAAAGUCAGCAGAUGAAGAAAAUGUUCACACUCUGUGCACAUUAAGCUGUUUAACACUCUUUUGUUUAUUUGUGGUGCCAACAGAGAGGCAUGGGAAGUAUUUAUCACUUUCCCUGCACUCCUGCUCCCUCUCCCUAUCUUGCACAGUACAGAGAGCUCUUUCUUCAGGCCAGUCACAUGAUGCAGCAUGUGUCUGUGAUAUGAAUAACCAGAGCUUUCAGAGCAAGUUAACAAUUAGCCAGACCUAAUGGAGGGAAACCAUGUGAUCCCAACAUAGUGACACACGCAGCUUUGUUGUCAUUGCUUUUAAAAUGUAUUAUGGAGAGUGGUGCGAGUAUAAUAGCAUUGCCGUUUGUGUAACAAUCUAUGAGAAAAUGUAAAUUUUUUUAAUGAUCUAGCCAUGAAAAUGAUGGACCAAGAUAUAAUACAUUUUCAUCAUUAGCAUAUAUUAGAUUUAUUGUUUUCUCUAUCAUUAAUAGUCUCUCCCCCCAAAAUUGCCCCACCCACACGGUUCUGUUUUAUGUGGGCCUUGCAUAUGCUUUUGUCCAACUGUAAUGGUCUGACUUCUCCACUGAGCGGCAGUGCGGUGAUGACUGCAUAGUUGUACUUGGCUGUCAUUACCAUUCUCUGGUGCACAGUUUGAUUCAGAAGACUUAGUGGAAGAACAAACAAAUCAAUAUAAUGCACUUGAGCCCAUCAGACAGUUCUGUCAUAAAUACGGCUACGUUAACAAUAUAAUCGUAAUAUUUUGAAUUACACAAUAUCUAUUGAAUUGAACAAAAAAAAAAUUGCAGGCAGGAACACUGACUACAUAUUAUCUAAGUAUAUAGACAUAUGACUACAGUAUGUGUUUUGGCAUCUUAUCAGCAUGAAUUAUUCCUGGUAAGUGCAUUCCAUUUAUCGAUAUUGUAUAACACUUGUCUAAAGGGUUUAAUAUUAGUGCAGUAUCCCUUCAAACAAAGUACUGGGGGUCCUCGGUUUAAGGUUUGGUUCCUAUGCUGGCAACGUAACCCAAAUUUGUAAAUUGGGAUGUCUCAUCACUAACACUAAGUCAUACUUACUGUAAAUACCUGUAUUUGAAUGAAAAAUGUCUAUGCCAUAACCAAAAACUGAGGAAGAUGUGUGUAGAUAUACUAAAUUAAUUAAUCAUUCAUUCAUCUUCCGGACCGCUUAUCCUCACGAGGGUCGCGGCGUGCUGGAGCCUAUCCCAGCUAUCUUAGGGCAAGAGGCGGAGUACACCCUGAAAUGGUCGCCAGCCAAUCUCAGGGCACAUUUAAACAAACAACCAUUCGCACUCACAUUCACACCUACGGGCAAUUUAGAUUCUUCAAUCAACCUACCAUGCAUGUUUUCGGGAUGUGGGAGGAAACUGGAGUACCCGGAGAAAACCCACACAGGCACGGGGAGAACAUGAAAACUCCAAACAGUCGAGGCCGGAUUUGAACCAUGGUCCUCAGAACUGUGAGGCAGAUGUGCUAACCAGUUGCUCAACGUGCCGCCCUAAUUUAAUUAAUUACAUAUAAUUAUUAAGUAGUUACUGUCUACCUUGUAUGACUUACAAUAAACACUUCAAUCCCACUCCCCCACUUGAAACCUAAAAUUAUUCUAUUGGUUUCAAUAUUUAAUAAGGACUCACCAAUUAACUUGUGGUUUAAAUAAAUGUCUUGGUGUUGAUUUAUGGAAAGAUACAAUAACAAAUAAACAGAAACCUGUUAAUCUCUUAUAUACUGUAAUAUACACAGGGGAAGAACCACUGCAAGUCUUUCAAAUUAAUUGACACUGUAUCAGCCAACCAUCCAUGAAUAGAUCUUAAAAAGGGAGGAAUGUUGCAGUGCACAUCUUCCGUCCUGGUGUUUUCACAGGAGAAUAAAAAACAACCCACUUCAAAUUCAAUUUCUCCACAAUGUUUAUGUCUUGCAUUUUCUCUAAUAUCCUGCGUUUGUUGGCGCCUUUCUAUCUACAAACUAGGACAUUAGAAAUGUUUGGCCAUCAACAUCUCUAUGACUUACUGCUUCCUGUCAAGAUGAGGCCUGGUACAUCAACAAUGCCUGGCAGGAAAAAAAGUGGCGACUGCUACUGUCAAGCUCUUACUUCUCAUUUUGAAUCUGUGUGUGUGCACGCGUCCUGUGAGACAGAGGGCAGCUUACCCACGUCAUCAUGUUGGACUGAGACUCAAUGCAUCAAAGAGCCUCCCAUAGAGAACAACAUGAACCAUUGUCCUCCCGGCGGCUGUGCACCGGAAAACACUGUUCAUGAUCCCAUAAAAAUGUUUUUGGCACAUGGAUGAGGGCAUGUUUCGCACAGUGAGUUGGAUGGCUUUAUGAAGAGAUAAGAAUCCGAAGGUGUUUUCUGUGGAAUGUCAACUUAGCACGAUACAAAUCUUUAGUCAUUUGAAGCAAAUACUGUAUGAUUCAUUCAAAUAAAUCAAAAGCCCGAAGACAUUGGUUUGUGAUUUAAAAAAAAAUAAAUUAAACAACACGUUACCACAAUGCAUACUGUACAUGCAUGCAUAGAGGCCACAUGUGACAUCCCAGAAAGAUGGGCCACCCUGUGCAGGAGGUUGAGAGUGAUGAUGGGAGGGGUCUGAAAAACUAACUUCCCAUCAUGGGAAGUGUGUGGCCAAAGCAGUUUAUAAAUUCCUAUCCAUGUUUCCACCUCACCCACAAUCUGAUCGAUUCUCAUGUUUUCAUCACCAUACGAAGGAAACGUCUGGUCCACUUUUGUAGUGUUUGGGGCUUUGUCAGACAAACGGGCACCAGCCGUACAAUAUGUGGACGUAGCCUCCAAGCUGCCCUCAUAUGCCCUCAUGUUAUCUGGAUUGCAGAGUGCUUAGGAGGAACUUGUGCUUCUUUCUCUCCGACCUUCUUUGGUCCACCAGCAGUGAUGUAUAGCAGCGGCUACUCCCAGGUGUCCAAAGCCAACCGGCAGGCCCAAAAGAAGAUGCAGUAUCGGUCAAAGGGCAAAAGCUGUGGCUACUACUUGAGGAUCAUCUUCUUCUUCUCCUCACUGAUUCAGUCACUCAUCAUAGUGAGCCUGGUUCUCUUCUUGGUCUAUGGCAAGACGCAGGACUCUGCUUCAACAACACGCAUCCAGGACUUGGAGGAGAGCUUCAGUCGGCUCUCCAUUGAGAACGUCGCCCUCAGGCAGCAGAGGAGGAACCUGACAACACUACUCAACGUCACCCUAACUGAGAAGACCCGCAACGACUGGGACCUGCUGAGAAUUCGACGCUUGUCAAACAUGUCUGCGAUGUUUAUUCAAGACCUGGACAAGAGACUGCAACAGACAAAUAUUGAACUGAUGAUGUGCAGGAACCAGGCGCGUUUUCCUCAAAACUGCCUACAACCUCAACUGCGAACAGUGCCUCCGAUUGGAGGUUGUAACUGUGGGCUGCAGAUGGAGCGGGUGACUGCUAGACUUGAACUUGUGGAAUCCAACUUUACGCAAACAACACAGAAGAUGAGAAUGGAAAUGGACCAGAUUACCAAAGACAGGGACAACUUUAAUCUGGAAGCCAUCCGUCUAAGAAGAGACAAGGCCGUUCAUCUAAAGGAGAUUGAGUUUUGCAGACAAAGAUGCAAAGAAGACUUUGUUCAGUCCUUGAGUGGUGUCUCCAAUGUCUCAAGAGCUUUUCUACUGAAGAUUGAAUCCCUCUUCCCGGCCCACAUUGCCUUCCAGCUCACCUGUGAGAAACAGAGAGAUCACUUGGAGCAGAUCCGCACCAACUGCACCAGUUUGUCUCGAGAGGUGGAGGACAGGUUCCAGAGCUACCUGAAUAAUGUAGGUGAUCAGAUGUCUGAGAUCCAGUCUCAGAACAGCCGCUUGAAGGCUGAGAACCUGCGACGGUCUGAUGACUACCGUGUAUGCAGUCAAAACCGCUCGGGUCUGAUCAUAGAGCACAGACAAACCCUAGAGAAGCUUCAGCUGAAACAUGACAAGGACUAUGAGAGGCUUCUUUUGGAGAAAAACAGGCUCAGCGGAGAUAUUGAAGUCCUGGAAAACAGCGUCAAUUACAAAAAUAAAGAAGUACAACACCUCACAGAGCAACUCAGACAGCUCAACAUUUCCUGCAUGGCUAAGACUGGAUUUGGUGGCUUACCAGGACCUGGCAUGGGACAGUUUGGGAGGGGAGGUUCUGAUGGUUUUAGCUCAAACUUCAAUUCACCCGUGUUAGGAUCUGGCAAACCAGGAUUAACUGGGUUGGGAUCAUCAACGUUUGGGUCAACUAUGUUAAAUCCAAGUCUUGGUUCAACUGGCUCAGGAUUAAAUAGGUUUGGAUCAACUGGGUUGGGCUCCUCAAGUGUCAGUUCAACUGGUUUAGGAUUAAACAAACAGGGUUCAACUGGGUUGGGCUCCUCAAGUGUCAGUUCAACUGGGUCAGGAUUAAACAAACUAGGAUCAAUGGGGGUGGGCUCUUCGAGUUUUGGUUCAACUGGGCCAGGAUUAAACAAACUAGGCUCAACAAGGUUAGGUUCCUCUGGUCUUGGCUCAGCUGGGUCAGGAAUAAAUAAACCAGGCUCAACGGGUUUAGGUUCCUCUGGUCUUGGCUCAGCUGGGUCAGGAAUAAAUAAACCAGGCUCAACGGGUUUAGGUUCCUCUGGUCUUGGCUCAGCUGGGUCAGGAAUAAAUAAACCAGGCUCAACGGGUUUAGGUUCCUCUGGUCUUGGCUCAGCUGGGUCAGGAAUAAAUAAACCAGGCUCAACAGGUUUAGGUUCCUCUGGUCUUGGCUCAGCUGGGUCAGGAAUAAAUAAACCAGGCUCAACAGGUUUAGGUUCCUCUGGUCUUGGCUCAACUGGGCCUGGAUUAAACAAACCAGGCUCAACAGUGUUAGGUUCCUCUGGUCUUGGCACAGCUGGGUCAGGAAUAAAUAAACCAGGCUCAACAGGUUUAGGUUCCUCUGGUCUUGGCUCAGCUGGGUCAGGAAUAAACAAAUUAGGUUCAACUGGGUUAGGCUCCUCAAGUCUCGGCUCAAAUAGGUCAGGAAUAAAUAAAUUGGGUUCAAAUGAGUUAGGCACCUCAAGUCUUGGCUCAACUGGGACAGGAUUAACCAAACCAGGGUCAACGGGAUUGGGCUCUUCGAGCCUUGGGUCAACUGGGUCAGGAUUAAAUAAAUUAGGAUCAAGUGGUUUGGGCACUUCGAGUCAUGGCUCAACUGGAUCAAAUAAUAAACCAACAUCAAGUCUUAAAAGCUCUGGUCUUGGGUCAAGUGGGUCAUCUAGUUCUGUAUUUUCCUGGUUGGGGCUUGCGUCAAGCAACAGUAACACGGGACAAAGUAAGCCAGGAAGUGGAACAGGAAGAGGAACAUCAAGUGGAUCUUCACUUGGAACAGGACGGACCGGUGGUCUGGGAGGUGGAUCACUCAGCAUUGCUCAGCACCUUGAAGAUCUGCAACGUAUCAUCAACCCCUCUUACUCCUAUGAAGAGAGACAAGAGCUGUCCAGAAUGUUGGGUUAGUCCAUCGUAAGGAAAACUGAAAACUGAGAGGGAUUUAUCAAUCCCAGCUCAUAAAGUUCCCCAUGGCUUUCUUUAUAUGUGCUUUAUCAUAUGCUCUCUUCAAGAUGUUGAAUACUAAAAUAUGCACAUUCAAAAGAAUAUACAAACUUAAGCACUUUUUUAUACAGGAUUUGAAAUCUGUAUUUUAAUCACAUGUAUCUCUAAGUGUGUACAAUUGUGAGAACAAGCCCAUGUGGUAUUUUUAAACUUGAAAAUACAGAAGUCUUUGUUCAA